ACAGCUUGGGCGUGAUCAUGCAUGUGUAUAAAUGUGCGGGGUACCUCGUAAGAAAGGGCACCUGACUCAGCGUGUUCACCAUGCGUGCUUCAACACUGUCUGCGGUACUUCUGGUGUUUGGGGUCGGAUUGGCGGCGAGUGCGCCAGCCGACAUCUCCCGGAGGUCGCCGAAGGCAAAGUCUUUCACAGAGGCCAUCUCGGAAGCAAACAAGGAAUUGAACCUGUAUUCAGGGGACAUUGCCGGUGUUGAUCCUGACUCCCGUAACGCCGUCUCUAAUGAUGGACACCUUUGGCCGAAUGGAGUGAUUCCUUACGUCAUUAGCGAUGCCUUUAGCGCUACCUGCGCUGACAAGGAAGGCAUGUGUGCGGAUUGGGCGGCCUGGGGAGAAUGUGACGCCAACCCCGCUUACAUGGGGUCCGAAUGUGCGGAGAGCUGUGGACACUGUGGACGCUCCGAAUCCGAUCUAGAUCUAGAUCCAAAGGCCAUUGUAACUGCACCUGCCGCAUCGGAGCUUGGUUGGAUCCAGAGGUCCCUUAGACACUUCAACCGACAGACAUGCCUCCAGUUUAAGCCUCGAGACAACGAGGCGUCCUAUGUCUCAAUUGUAAAGCUUGAAGGUUGCUGGUCAAAACCCGGUCGUAUGGGCGGCAUGCAGGAGCUGUCUCUCGGGGAUGGGUGUAUGUGGAAGGGAACGGUCCGGCACGAGCUGAUGCACACUGUGGGCUUCUGGCACGAACAUCAGCGGCCGGACAGGGACGACUACGUUACGAUCAUGCUGGACAACGUUGACCCAGCGUUCCAUCCCCAAUUCGAGAAGAUCUCUGGAUCCAGCACCCUGGACCUGCCGUACGACUAUGGAUCCAUCAUGCACUACGGGAGCCACUUAAACAGUAUUAACGGAAGGGAGACCAUCGUACCUAAGGAUUCGGGCGUCUGUCGCGCUGCCAUCCAUGACGGCAGACUCACCAAUUCCGGAGGCCGGGUGACUGUCUACAGGUGGCCGGGGCAGACCUCCUACCAGGGGUCUACUAAGAACGGCGUUCAGACCUUGGAUUACGACGCUUGGGGCAGUUCCUUCGCCUUCGAACCAGCACCUGACGUCGUCGGAGGCGGUAUCGAUGGAGGUACAAUUCUGACUGCACCCCCCGGGUCAGAGGUCGGGAAGAUUCAAGCCGCCAUUGAGGAGUUUAACCGGGUGACCGGCUGUAUCCGGUUUGUGCCCCGAACCAACGAACCGGACUACGUCCAUAUCAAAAGGCUUGAUGGUUGCUGGUCUGAUAUCGGCGUGAGCGGCGGGAUGCAGGAGUUGUCCCUCGGUAGCGGGUGUCUGUGGAAGGGAACGAUCCUGCACGAGCUGAUGCACGCUGUGGGCUUCUGGCACGAACAUCAGCGGCCGGACAGGGACGACUACGUCACCAUCAUGCUGAACAACGUUGACCCAGAUGAACAGUCCAACUUCGAUAAAAAAGCCGAUAGCCGCACCCUCGGGCUGCCGUACGACUACGGGUCUGUCAUGCACUACGAUAGCCACGCCUUCAGCGCCAACGACAGGCAAACAAUCGUGCCCAAGGUAGUUAAAUAUAACAUCACCACCACCACAGCCGAGCCCUUAUCGGACCAGGCGCCAGAGGAAGGUUCUGAGGCGGCGGUGAUACUGGCAGCUAUGGCGGACUUCCAUAGCGAGACCUGCAUCCAGUUUGUACCCCGCACCACUGAACAAGACUACGUCCACAUCCGCAAGCUCGGAGGGUGCCAUUCCGCGGUUGGUCGCCAGGGAGGGCGCCAGGAGCUAUCUCUCGCUAAUGACUGUCUACAGAAAGGAACCAUCAUCCACCAUCUCAUGCACGCUAUCGGCUUUCAGCACGAACACAACCGCCCGGACAGGGACCAGUGGGUCCAGAUAAACUUGGGAAACGUACAAGACGGUCACGUCCACGAUUUUGACAAGAACACCGACGGCCGUACCCUAGACCUGCCGUAUGACUAUGGCUCCGUCAUGCACUUCGACAGCCACGUCUUCAGCAAGAACGGUCUGGAGACUAUCACAGCUAAGCGUCCCCUGAGCGGCGCAGUGAUGGGCGGCUGGAGGAACACUGGCUUCAGUGACUUGGACAUCGAGAAGAUCAACACGCUGUACCAGUGCUGAGGCAGCUGGUUGUACUGUUGGUCAACCAGGGCGGGCGACGCUGUUUUAAAACGUUUUAGGGCUGUUUUCGCUAGACUACUGAGUCUGUUGGGGAACGCAGAAUAAAGUGAAUCAUGACUUCAUCA